GCCCCGAAGCAGCCCAUCCAGAGACCCUCAAAUUCUGAUCUUGAAGUUGGAGGCUCCUGGGGAAGUUCGUUUCUAACCUUUUAGAAGAAUUAGAGGAUUUGCGGCUGCCUGACCCCAGCCUAGAGUGUGUAGUGCCGAGGCUCGGGCAGCAUGACGACGGAGACCUUCGUGAAGGAUAUCAAGCCCGGGCUCAAGAAUCUGAACCUCAUCUUCAUUGUGCUGGAGACAGGCCGAGUGACCAAGACAAAAGACGGGCACGAGGUUCGGACCUGCAAAGUGGCAGACAAAACAGGCAGCAUCAAUAUCUCUGUCUGGGACGACGUGGGCAACCUGAUCCAGCCUGGAGACAUUAUUCGGCUCACCAAAGGGUACGCUUCAGUGUUCAAAGGUUGUCUGACACUAUACACUGGACGUGGGGGUGAUCUUCAGAAGAUUGGAGAAUUCUGUAUGGUUUAUUCUGAGGUUCCUAACUUCAGUGAGCCAAACCCAGAGUACAGCGCCCAGCAGGCACCCACCAAGACGUUGCAGAACGACAGCAGCCCUACGGCUCCCCAGCCUACCACCGGAACCCCUGCCGUUUCUCCAGCCUCUGAGAACCAGAACGGGAAUGGACUGAGUGCCCCACCAGGCCCUGGUGGUGGCCCGCACCCCCCUCACGCACCCUCGCAUCCCCCCAGCACCCGAAUUACCCGAAGCCAGCCCAACCACACACCUGCCGGCCCUCCGGGCCCGUCCAGCAACCCUGUCAGUAACGGCAAGGAAACCCGGAGGAACAGCAAGAGAUAGCAAGACGUCCUUCCUCCCUUCCCGCCACCCACCAUAGCCCCAGCAUCUCCUAGAGCACACAGCCUUCUACUAGGCUGUUGGCUUUUGGGGGGGUGGGGGUGGGUAGGUAGUAGUAUUUUAGCCACUAAAUUUCACUGGAGGGGUGGUGAGCAGUGGCCUUAUCCACCCUAAGCCCAUACUCCCUGCCUUGCCCAGCUGAAGCUGCCUAUCCCCUGGGAUUCAAGGCCUUCUGCCCACCCUCCUUCCUCUUAGAAACAACAGUCACAGUCUGUUUCUAGUGUGUGUGAUGUGGAAGUUGAAUUGAAUCUCUCCUUCCUAAUAAACGUUAACGCUCUGU